GUAAACAAUCUCUGUUUGGGUUGAGCGUACAUGCUGACUUCUGGGGAUAAAGCCUGAGAUUGGGGGCAAACUCGCAGCAGGAGAAGGAUUUUUUAAUUGGGGUAAUGGCAAAGACUGAAGCUUGGGUUGGAAACUGGAGGCCCCAUAAGCCAAGAGGGCCAAUAGCUGCUCUCUAUGGUAGCCCAGGGCCCAAGUAUGCACUGCCUGGACUCACAGGUAUUUCUAAGCAUGACCCCACUAAAUACAAAGCACCAAUGUUCAGCUUUGGGACGCGUCAUGAUACUGGCAGAUCUGAUUGCUCCCCUGGACCAAGAUACCUCAUUCCCUCCAACAUCACCAGAGAGGGACGAGAUGGCACUCCUGCAUUUUCACUCCACAGCCGUCCAAAACAGCCAGGAUUGUUCCAGGCCCCAGGACCAGGCAAAUACUCCCCAGAACAAUCAGGAAAGUUGAUCUUCCGCACAGCUCCUGCUUUUUCUCUCUCUGGGAGGAGCAAGGACUGCGCAUCUGACAAAACACCAGGUCCAGCUUCCUACUCUCUGCCCCCUGUGCUGGGGCCCAAAACUGUCGGCACAUCUGCAGCUCCCACCUACUCCCUCUGUGGCCGCAGCAAAAAUGGAAGCUUCCACGAGGACCUGAAGAAGACUCCUGGACCUGCUGCCUACAAAGUUGUGAACACUUGUCUUUACCAGAAAAAACCUCCCCAAUACAGCAUGACAGGCCGCAACUUCACACCUGGUGAAUUCACAAGGACACCAGGACCUGGUACACACCAUCCUGAGCAGGUGACCUUCACGAGAACAAAAGCUCCGAGUUUCUCCUUUGGGCUGCGUCACUCACAAUACGUUGCACCACUUAUUGUAGAUGUGACUGAGUAAUGUCACAUAGAAUCUCACACAACAGUAUCGAAUAAAGCACAAAAAGAAACUGCUCAAGGUUAUUGAGAAUCAUUUUAUGACACAGUAUGGGCUUGGUUGUAUUUGCACUUGUCACUUUGUCUUUGGGUUAUGACCACUAUCAGUAUUUGUAGGAAAUUAUACCCAAUUAAAAAAAUUUAACCAGUGGCACAUGUCUGACAUUUGUGUUACUGUAACAUGGGUUUUAAGAAUGUGUUCCUUCCUUGCUGGUUU